UGCCCGAUAAUUUCUGGGCAGGGCCGGCCGGCUCUGAGAGCCGUCAACGGGAUAGGAACUUAAAAGCCCGACCCGACCCGGCUUUGCGAUAGCACCGCUAGGGAUUCUUCGCGGCAUUGGCGAGCUUCUCACCCCUUCCUCCUUCACUGCCGCCGUUGAGCGGCGGCGAAUCUCUUUCCAGCCAGUGCUGGUUUGGUUCUCAUCUAUCCAUUUCUUUCUUGAUCUCUCUUAUCGAGAGAUUUCUAUUGGAGAUACGUUACUGAUCUUCUUAGACCAGUCACUGGCAGAGUUUUCUCAUGGAAGGAGCAAUCGUACCUAGAGUUGAGGAUGAGUUCAUUGAGUAUGUUCCACAAAAGAAAAGGAGGGGGAGGGCAACUUCAAUAGUUUGGGAACACUUUGAUAAGCUUAAAGAUGAAGUAGAAAAUGUAUGGAAGACUCAAUGCAAGCAUUGCAAGCAAAUAUAUUCAAGUGCUCAAAAAAAUGGCACCUCUCAUUUAAAGCGCCAUAUGGAUAGGUGCCCUAUAAUCAGGGCAUCUGGUUUGACAUUGCCAAUGAUGAGUACACCAGCAGUGAGUGAUGGACUCAUUGGAUAUGAAUCAAGCCAUAAGCGGUCAAGAUCUAUUUCAAAAGUUUGGGAAGAUUUUGAGAAGCUCAAAGCCGAAAGAGAUGACAUUUUGAAGGCUCGGUGCAUACAUUGCAAACAAAUUCUUUCAGGGGCUUCUAAGCAUGGUACUUCUCAUUUAAAGCGCCACCUUGAGAGGUGUCCGAAACGUAGAAAUCAUGAAGUUAGGCAACUCUUGUUGUCAAGUGAAGUUCGAAGCAUAAAGCAACUUUUUUCAUCAAAUGAAGCACUUGCUGAUGGUGGCACAUCAUUGAAGAAGUGUGCAAUAGACCAAAAUGAAAUAUUGAAAGCAAUUUCAGCUUUCAUUUUAUGUGGACAGCAUUCAGUAACAGUUGUUGAAGAACUUGGUUUUAGGCAUAUGAUGGGUAUAGUUUGUCCUGAAUUUGAAAAUGUUAACUCGCAUUGCAUUAGAAGGGAGAUUUUAUCUAGUUAUCUGAAGGAGAGGGAUGGUGUGAAGGAGCUUUUAGGAAGAAUACCCGGUAGAAUUUGCUUAACUUGUGAGAAUUGGAGUUCUGAGUAUAGCAAGGAUGGAUAUAUGUGCAUCACUGCUCAUUUUAUUGAUAACGAUUGGAAACUGGUGAAAAAGAUUAUUCAUUUUAAACCUUUAGUAACCCCUGUUGUUGGAAUAUUGAAUGCUGAUGAGAUAGCACUAUGUUUAAGUAUGUGGAACAUUGACACUAAAAUUUUCAGUAUUACUUCAAGCAAUGCCUCAUACGAUGACAGCUUUGUUAACUCACUUAAAGGUUGUCUUUUAGCUAAGAAAAAUCUUUUAAUUGGUGGUGCCUUCUUUCAAGUUCGAAGUUGCAGCCAAAUCCUAAAUCUUAUUAUAAAAGCUACUCUAAACCUUGUUGAUGAUGUUGUUGAUAAAAUUCGUAGUGGAGUAGAGCAUAUCAGAAAAUUUACAUCAAGAAAGAAAAAGUUUUAUCUGAUUGCUUCGAAAGACUUCCAGUUAGACACUACGAAGAGACUGCGCCCGGAUGUGUGUUUUAAAUGGAAUACUACGUAUUUGAUGCUUGAACGUGCUCUAUAUUAUAAAAGCAUGUUACAAUAUUGGGGAGAGCAUGAUAGUAGUUUCAUUUAUUAUAAUCUUUCUGCUGAAGAGUGGGAAAAGGUGGCAAUUAUUCAAAAAUUUUUAGCAGUGUUUUAUGAUGUGGAGUGUACAUUUUCUGCUACUAAACAUCCAACUUCCAACCUUUAUUUUAGGGCAUUGUGGAAGGUUCAUAUGCAUCUCUUGAAAUCAGUAAGAGGUUCAUUUACUUUCGUGACUAGAAUGGUUGCAGAUAUGCAAGAGAAGUUCGAAAAAUAUUGGAUCAAACAUAACUUAAUUUUGUCAUGUGCGGCGGUUUUGGAUCCCCGUUACAAGGUGAAGUUUGUAGAGUUUUGCUAUACAAAAAUAUAUGGCGAUAAGGCUGAGGAGUCUGUCAACACCACUGUUAGAACUCUGUAUGGUUUAUUUGAUGAAUACAAGCCAAAUUCUGUGAUAAGUUCCUCGGGCUCCCGGACCUCUGCAGUUCCUGUAGUUGCAGAACAUGAUAAUGCAGAUGGUGAUGAAUUUGAAGAUUAUGAACAGUUUUUGAGUAGGAAAUCUAGGCCUCAAGAGGAGAAGUCUCAAUUGGAUCUGUACCUAGAAGAGCCAGGUCAUGACUUAAACAGUGAUAUUAAUGUCUUGGAAUAUUGGAAUAAUAGUUCAAUGCGAUAUCCUGAGCUUGCAAUGAUGGCCCGUGACAUCCUGACAAUACCAUUAUCCUCUGUUUCGCCAGAGGCUAGCUUCAGUAUUGGAAAGAGGGUGCUACAUCUUAGCCAAAGUUCACUUAAUCCAAAGAUCAUCCAAGCUUUAGUUUGUCUUUCAGAUUGGACUUAUCAAGCUUUAGAGAAAUCAUCGAGCGAUAGUUUGUCAAUCAUUCAUGAAAAUGGCGAUCCCAGUGCUAGUGAUGAAGAGAAUGACUUAGAUGACUGGGACAUCGACGAGGGCACCUUUUCUUAGCUCUCCAAGCGAUGCAAGGUUGAAGAGGCCAGCAGAACAAUAAAAAAAAGGGAUCAAUGCCCUUUCUGAAACGUCUGUAAAUAAAUUUUCUGGGCCUUGUGAAUUUUAAUAACUGUUAAUGGACAUUCAUGUACUUGAAUAUAUAAUUGUGUUUGCAUCUGCUUAAUUUUAUGCGUUGAGAAAGAACACUAUCCUGUUUUGAGGCCUAUUUUACUUCAAUAUUUUGUCAUUUUUUACUUUUA